AAAAAAAAAAAAAAAGGUCAUGUCAUUGAAUCUUCCAACUCUUCGUCAGCAGAUUGACUCGCUUGAUCACAAGCUCAUCACCCUAUUGAAUGAACGUGCGCAAGUCAGCCUUGAUAUCGGGGCUGCCAAGCGACAGGCAGCAGCAGCAACUAGCAAUGGUGACUCACCAGAGGAGGAUAACACUCAUGUUUAUAUCCCUGGAAGAGAGAAGCAGGUUUUUGAAAAGGUCAUGCGGUUGAAUCCUGGUCCACUUGCCAAUGAAAACUUGUGUGCUAUCUAUCGUGAGAUCAUGUCUGCCUCUAUUGCUCUUCAGAAGGAUGUUCUCGUCGCCUAUCUUGGACCUGUCGGUAGCUUCUCACACGAUGCUAGCAUGAAGAGAUUCGGCGACAGUGUGCAAUAUGCUUCGCAAGGAACAAUCGCAGAUGUGUUUGAGGCAGUGGAACGUGGUCGUUGUCAGUAUGGUGUUGUGCCGUUUGAGAACUCAAUUGCUGGAUCAGUCGUACCUACACUAGACAAGUUCAUCAAGUCCAAGGUCAAGAUCAGAGCUGAAACAUAUCUUCCUGUGCACCAUUAUCUUCUCUCCAAGACUUCUGCAGAGGCUGUCCGUCGUGUAUAUUCCCAUCCAGUGGCGUUGGCCCAAUGCCAGACCUUCCUAAAAAACAAUUUCAAGGGAAUCGAAUUGGUCCCGUGUGCCUCAACUUCAGAAGCUGCUCAGUUAGCAUCCAAGGAGAAGUUUGCUGCGGCAAUCUGUAACAAGGUCUGUGCUGAUAUUUAUGGAUUGGACAUUCUUCAUGCAGACAUUGAAGACCAACAAGAUAAUACGACACGAUUCUUUAUAAUUUCAGAUGCAUGGGAUGCACCCACGGCGAGUGACAAGACAUUGUUGAUGUUCACAGUGGAUCAUCGUCUGCCAGGAGCACUCUGUGAUGGACUUAAGGUGUUCAAGGAUCACAACUUGAAUUUAACCAAGAUUGAUAGUCGCCCAUCAUUGCUUAAGCCAUGGCACUAUGUUUUCUUUGUCGAAUGUGCAGGCGUUCAUGGCGACAGCGAGGUGAUGAGCACAGUCAUUGAGGAAUUGGGCAAAUACUGCCUAGAUGUGAAGAUUGUAGGCACAUAUCCAGAUCAAAGACCCCAGGACUUGCACUAUUAACUUUUUUUCCUCCCUUCCUCUAUCUUUUGUCAAAGUGGAUAAGGAUGAUCAUGGUUAAGAAUAAAGGACCCGGGAUAGGCAGAAAUGAGUCAGGU